UAAUGGGGCCUUCCAGCCCCUGGCCCCAGAGAGGGAGGGGCUUCCUGACAGGAAAUUGUCCUCCUCCACCUCCCUCCCCCCCAGAUCCAAGCUCUCAGCAGUCCUGGCCCAAGUAGUCUGGGGACUGGACAGCAAGAGGGUACGUACAGAGGGACAGGCACGGACAGAAGACAAAAGGUGCCAGCGUCAAAAUGCCAAUUCUAAAGAGCCUGGGGGUAGGAGACCCUAAGGUGCCGCGGGCGGGGACUCUGCCCCUGAGGUCCUCUCGCAACCCGUUUGAAGAGCCUCCAACGCUGGAAGAAGAAGCCGAGGAGCUGGGGACACUACCCAAUGGGACUGCGUGCCGCCGGCGGGCCACGCUGGAGAAACUGGCGGGUCUGGCCCCCUUCCGGCUGGGCUGGACCUCAGGCCGCAGGGCAGGCAGCCCAGGGGACGGGCAAGCCCGCUCUUUCCUGGGCCGUGUGCUGGCACCGGGCAUACGGAGGAGCUCAGCAGAUUUCGGCCUCCUGACCCGGCUUCAGGGGUUCCGAACCCAUGGCGAUGAGGAGCCAACUGGGGAAGCUGCUAAAAGACUGGCCUUCCUGAGACUCGGGCGUGGGCCCAAGCCCCGGCGCGCGUCCCUGGCCGAGAGACUGGUACCCGCAGGCGAGGCGGCGCCUGAGCCCCCACCCAAAGUCCCCGAGCCCCCGAAGAUGAAGGAACCGCUGUCAGUGCUGGAGAUCCUGGGCCUGAUCCAGAGGCGCGAGCUAGCGCGCGCGGACGAGCACAUCCUGGAGCUGGAGGCGGAGGCGCCGGCAGAGAGCGAGGCGGGCGCGGGGCGGCGCGCACGGGAUGUGGCGCUGCUGUACGAGGCGCUGCAGCGCGAGCUCUGGGCGCUGGUGCGGGAGGCGCUGGCGGCCCCGGGGCCGGGCGCGGACGCGGUGGCGCAGCUGGGCCGCGUGCUGCUGCAGGAGGAGGCGGCGGACGCGCGGCGCGGCCCCGGGGCGGCCCGCAAGCUGCGCGCGCGCUGGGCCGAGGCGGUGGCGCGCGCGGCGCGGGAGCGGCUGGAGGAGGCGGCGGCGCCGGGCGCGCGCGGCGCUCUGGCCGGGCAGCUGGAGGCGCUGCGCUCGCGGCUGCUGGAGGACGUGGCCGCCGUGCGGGGCCGUCUGGCGCCCGCCUACCCCGCGGCGCUGCGCGCCGGAGCCGUCUACCUGCGGGGCUACCACGAGGCGCUGGCCGAGUGGCUCGGGGCGGCCGCGCGCCGCAGGCUCCCGCUGGCGGAUCGCUACGCGCUGCUGCACUGGCACAACCAGGUGUACCCCAGGGAGAUCCUGGGCCUGGUGGAUUUGGUUGCCUUGGAGAAUGGGGAGCUGGGGCCCCUCCUGUCUGCUGGCACGCUUCGAGGUCUGGAAGAUGAAUGUGUCACCGAUGUGAAGGCUCAGACCCGAGCAGCCCUUCUUCGAGUGCUGCAGGAAGAUGAGGAACAGUGGGGCAGCAUGAACUACCGGCCCAGCAACCUGGCCCAGGAUGUGUGUGAGCUGCUGGAAGAGCACACAGAGAGAGCACCCCACAUCAGUCAGGAGUUCGGGGAGAGAAUGGCGCACUGCUGCCUGGGAGGGCUGGCAGAGUUCCUGCAGAGCUUCCAGCAGAGAGUGGAGCGGUUCCACGAGAACCCGGGGAUCCGUGAGCUGCCCUCUGACAACUACAUCAGCAGGACGAUCUCACUGGUCAACUGUGGCCCGCCGCUGAGGUCUCUGGCUGAGCGGCUGGCCAGGGUGGGCCCCCCCGAGAGUGAGCCCGCGAGGGAAGCGUCAGCCAUGGCUCUGGACCGCGUGACCAGACUCUGCCAUCGUGUCCUUUCGGAAUUGUUGUUCCAGGAACUACAGCCGCACUUCAACAAGCUGAUGCGCAGGAGGUGGCUGAGCAGUUCCGAGGCUCUGGAUGGCAUCGUGGGCACACUUGGAGCACAGGCCCUGGCCCUGCGCAGGAUGCAGGAUGAGCCUUACCAGGUGCUGGUGGCCGAGCUGCACCGGCGGGCGCUGGUGGAGUACGUGCGGCCGCUGCUCCGCGGGCGCCUGCGCUGCCGCUCGGCGAGGACCCGCGGCCGCGUGGCGGCCAGGCUGCGCGAGGACGCGGCGCAGCUGCAGCGGCUGUUUCGGCGUCUGGAGUCCCAGGCUUCCUGGCUCGACCCGGUGGUGCCGCAUUUGGCGGAGAUCCUGCAGCUGGAGGACACCCCAAGCAUCCAGGUGGAGGUCGGGGUGCUGGUGCGGGACUUCCCAGACGUCAGGCGGAAGCACGUGGCAGCCCUCCUUGACAUCAGAGGUCUUCGGAACACAGCUGCCCGUCAGGAGAUCCUGGCGGUGGCCCGGGACCUGGAACUCUCUGACUGUACUGCCCUAUCACCCUCUCGAGACCGGGCGUUUUUUGCUGAUAUCCCUGUGCCCCGCUCCUCUUUCUGCCUCCGGCUCCCUCUGUUUGGGGGACGCCUCCCCGGGUCCUGGCUGGGUAGGCCCAGUCUGGCUUGUCUGCCCCUGCGGCCUCGUCCUCCGUCGCCAGUUAGAGCCCGAGCCCAGCGCUGAAGCUCCCGGUGUCCACGCUGCUGCUGCUGCUGCUGCUGAUACGCCCUCCUCCCUGCCACGUGACUCCCUGCCUGAGCCGCAGACCUCUGGGAUGGGAGGACCCUUAGGCAUCCCACCCAGCCCGGAGCAUCUCCUCCAGAAGGGAAACAGAGGCCAGAACGACUGAAGAGUCCCCAGGGCUGCGGGAGUCAUUCCCGGUGGCCCCUCCUCCCCCACAGCCCAGCCCGGUGGAGAGCGCAACAGAAAUAUCCCAGCCCCACCUCCUUUCCCCUCACCUCAAGGUCUGGCCUCAGGCCAACAUUUUAAGGAAUGGUAGAUACUUAGAAUAAAGAGGUUUCUAUUUAACACUAGGAAGGGCUGAGUCCCAAGUGUAGGAGAGGGAAGACAGGGCCCAGGGCCAAGCACUCUUUGCACACACACCCAAGGCCACCAGGGCUGGGGUCCAACUCCUCUGGAAGACCGUGGACACAGUCAGAAGCCCAGAAGGCCGGGACACUGUGUUGAUACCGAGGCCUUGGUCUGGGUGGCUCCGAGGCCAGCCUUUGACCACUCUGAGCCCGACGCUGAUAUUUUAUCUAUCCCGGUGUCCGUCGUUGUUCUGGCUCUGCUGUUGGCACCUUGGCACGGCCCUCCCCAUCCUUAGCCGGGGAAACCUCGUCCAGAGAGGAAGGAGUUGGGGGAUGGGGUCAGGCUGGCGGCAUCCAGGGCGCCCGCCUGGGUUGAUGCAAGGAUUGUCUCGGUGGGAAAUUUUCCAGCCUCUCCAGCUAGAGCCCAGCCGGAUCCUGGUCCCCACAGAGUCCUUGAGGUCACCUCCCUGCUGACCUCUGCCCCUCCGGCCCCAGCUGGACAGCUCUUGAUGGAUGCUUCCUGGCCUGGGCUGUAUUUUAUUUUAUUUUUUCCCUAAGAAGUCAGAAAGAGGAGGCAGCCAGGGGUCAGCACAGGCCCGGGAUUGGAACCUCACGCAAGCCUGGUCAUUGGCGGCAGCACAGGGGCUUAGACGCUGAGCCUCAGGGCUGUGUGCUGGCAGAGGGAAGCCGGCAGUCUCCGGGCUCUGCUUCCUGUCUCUCCUGGGAAAUUGUUUAACUUCUCUUUGCCCAGGCUUAGGGUAAAGAGGCCCAAAGGAUGGCCCCCCUCCUUCCUUGACCUUCUGAAAGUGUCACCUCAGUUUCACUGACGUACAGGAGAAGGGAACUGACUGGAAAAGCUGUUGCACCCGUGGGCACUUAAACAAUUACACAUGUAUUUCAUCCCAGCCUGGUCAUGCUUUGUCAUUUUCCGACCUGCUCUCCCAUCAUUCAAAAGCGGCAGAAGUGUAAGGCCAGACUGGACUCCAGCUCAAGACCCCACCCUCCAGAAAAGGGUUGUCUGGGAUCAGUGAGAUGGCUCAGUUGAGAAAGGUGCCUGGCACCAAGCUUAACAGACUCAGUGUGAUCCCAGGCCCCAUAUGUCCUGACCUUCACACUCUCGCACACACAUACACACCAAAUAAAAUGUAGUAAUAAAUGUAAUGUAGAAAUCCCCACCACCCUUUUUGGAUAAGGUAUUACUAUGAAGAUCACACUGGCCUUGAACUCCCAGAUCUACCGGCCUCUGCCUCUUGAGUGCUGGGGUUAAAGGUGUGCACCACCAUACCUGGCUUCUAUAGCACAUAUAUUUACAGUCAGAUCCCCUGUCUCCAAGACCAAACGUUUUGUUUUUUCAGAUGGGGUUCUCACGUAGCCUGGGCUGGAUUUGAACUCACGGUAUGGACGAGGAUGGCCUCCUCUAGGGCUCAAAUACUGGUGCGUGCCAGGGCACCUGUUGUAGGGUUUGUGUGUGCUAAGGAAGUCAGUACUGUUUCCCGAGCCAAGACCCUGGCCAGCCCUAGAGGAUAAUGAUUUCUUUUUCUUUCUUUCUUUUUUUUUUUUUUUUUUUUUUUUUUUUUUGAGACAGGGUCUCUCUCUGUGGCUCUGGCUGUCCCGGAACUCUGCAAACUGGGCUGGCCUCGAACUCACAGAGCUCCUCCUGCCUCUACCCCUGCCUCCUGCCACGCCCACCCCCACAUCCAGCCAGAGACAAGAUCUUGCUAUGUAACUAAAGCUAACCUGACUCAAUUCUGCCUCAGGCUCCCAAGAACUGGGGUUAUGGACAUGAUCACGUUUAUUUAUUUAUUUUGAGUCAGAGCUCUAUGUAGCCUUACCGUGCCUCCACUGUCUUCCGAGCUCAGUUCUGUAUGGUGCCUGGCACACUGAGCUCAAAGGGGAGAUCACCUAAAUGUCCAGUAAGUGACAUGCGGGUAAACAAAACGGAGCACGUAUAUGAGCCAAGGAGGGCCAUUACCAAUAAAGAGAAAUAAAGAGGAAUCAUCCAACUGGGAUGCUUCAGCGGGAGGAUCAUGAGUUGGGGACCAACCUGGUCUGCAUAAUGAGUUUCAAGCUAGCUGGACUACAAAGCUAGACCCUGGCUCAAAACAGAAAAGGGGCGGGGCUGGGAGAUGGCUCAGGGUUAUGAGCUUUAGCCACUCUUUCAGAGAGGAUCAGAGUUUGGUCCCCAGCACCCACCUUAGGCAGCUCACAUGCCUGUAACUCCAGUUCCAGGGGCUCUGACACCAUCUUCUAACCUCCUCGGAUGCCAGGCCUGCGUGUGGUCUACAUAUGUACUUGCUGGCCAAACACAUAAGAGAAAAUUAAUAAAUCGAACUUAAAAACUGUUAAAAGCAGCCGGGAGGUAGCAGCCCACGCCUUUAAUCCCUGCGCUCAGGAGACAGAGGCAGGCGGAUCUCUCUGAGAUCGAGGCCAGCCUGGUCUAUAGAGUUCCAGGAUAUCCAGGGCUACACAGAGAAACCCUGUCUUGAAAAACCAAAAAGAAAAGAAAGAAGGAAAGAAAGAAGACAGACAGAAAGAAAAGAAAGAAAAUUACACCAAGAGAAGUGACCUGAUGAAGCUGGAUAUGACACGUAGGCUUUGGCUCCGAUGGGCCCAACCAUUGCUGGUAAAGAAAUGGAAGAGGGAAGACGUUAACCUCUUAGCUUUCUUCUCUGAGUGUGUUUGCAACCACACUGGUUCACUCCUCGGACAACAAACUGGAGCCAGAAUCCAAAGACAGCUGUGGCCAGAUGUAGUGUCCGGUCAGAGGCUAUGAGGGAGGCUUGGGGGCUGAAGGCUAGCCUGUGGUGUGGAGUGCCAUCCUGUCUCAAAGACGCAAGUCAAGGGUGUCGUUCAGUGACCGUACCCUGAGCUCGGAUCCGCCAGUGAGGGCUGGGGUGUAGCUCGACAGCAGAGCACUUGGCUGACAUGGUGGUUGGUGGUGGGGUCACAAGACAGCAAUGGGCAAGUGGUCCAGUGGGGUCUGAAGUGUCCCUAAAGAGAACACCAUGUAGGUGACGACAGCCUGAGGGCCAGGGCCUGGUGGAGGCUCUUGCUGCCAGGACUUCACCAGGCAGGGCUGUCCCUUAUCAGCUGUCCUCCCACCUUCCGUGCCUUCUUUUGGAGCAUCUAACAAGCCAAACUACUUCCAUAGCCAGGAUUGGCUGGGAAGACAAGACAUCGCCACAUCUGGGUUUGCUGACUGUUGGCCUUCCCUUGCAGAAGAAAGCUAGCGGGAUCCUCCCGAGUAACCAGCCAGUGGGAGGCAAUUCCGCCCUAGAGGCAGGCGGCCUCGGGGAGGGGCACAUGGCUGGGAAGGAGUGGGGUUCAUCCCCAGCUGUGCUGGCUGCGCACCUUCCAGCAUGGCCACUGCCCCUAGCUCCUCCCCCCUGCUCGGUAAGGAAGUCCCCAGGUGAACUCUGGCAAAGCGUGGCGCCUCAGCUUGUCGCUGGGACCUCCGGAAGAGGUAGACAUGCUUUCCGACCCCCUCAGGAAGACAUUUCAGAAACACUUCCAUCCCUAUGUUUGCACGAAAUAAACGAACAGAGAGAUA